CAUGCCGACGAGGAGCAAAAUCUGCUUGACGAUGGAUCGACCCAGGAGUUGCGCCUCGACGGAUUAGACAAAGCAAGUAAAAGAUCCAAGAUUCCAUGGUGACGGAGCCACAAAAAGAUUUUUCAUACAAAUCGGCGGCGGCGUCCAUGUCCCGUAAGAACGGCUGCGGUGGUGGCGAGAAGUCAUCGCGAGAGAGCGGCGACGAUCUGGUCUCCCCGAGAAGCGUCCUCGAGGGAUGCACGACGUCGAGUGACGUUGACGCCGCCGCAAUGACAGACGAGACCAGCUGCACGACGGGGUCGUCGUCGACGAAGACGGGCGUUGUGGCCGCGUACUCGGAGCCAUCCACGCCCGCGCCGCCGCGAAACGACGGGCCUCCGGCCGCGUGGAAGGGCGUCAUGGAGGCGUGGAGGUCAAGGACCAAACGCCGCCUCUCCGGCGGCAUCCCGUCAACCAUGUCGUCGAAGCUCCGGAGCUUGAGCAUCCGCGGCAGCAGCAAGUGGCAGUGGCCGUCGGCGGGGCAGGUGAACGUGGAACAGCAUGACCUGUGCGCGCUGAGGCUAUCCUUCCGGACCUUCUCACUGUCGGAGCUGAGGAAGGCCACCCGCAACUUCAGCAAGGAGAACGUGGUGGGCAGGGGUGGGUACGCCAAGGUCUAUCGCGGCCUCCUGCCUGACGGGCAGCUGGUGGCCGUGAAGAAGCUGUCGGCGACGGAGAAUGGCCGCAUGGAGAGCUUCCUGUCGGAGCUGGGGCACGCGGUGAAUGUGCGCCACCCGAACGUGGCGAGGCUGGUUGGCGUGGGCCUGGAGGGCGGCGAGCACCUGGUGUUCCCCUUCUCGCGCCUGGGAUGCCUCUCCCGCAGGCUCCACGGAGGGUCCGGCGAGGAGGGGACCAUGCCGUGGGAGGCGAGGUACAAGGUGGCCCUGGGCGCGGCCAGCGGGCUGGAGUACCUCCACGAGCGGUGCGCCAGGAGGAUCGUGCACCGCGACAUCAAGCCCGCCAACAUCCUGCUCAAAGACGACUACGAACCACAGAUAUGUGACUUUGGGCUAGCAAAGUGGCUGCCGGCCAAGCUGACGCACUACCAAGUGACUACCUUCGAAGGCACAUUUGGGUACGUGCCGCCCGAGUACACGACGCACGGGAUCUUCAACGAGAAGACGGACGUGUUCGCCUUCGGCGUCGUGCUGCUCGAGCUCCUCACCGGCCGGCGAGCCAUCGACGGUACGAUGGUUCCUGAGCAGCAAGGACGAGGUCUUGAAGAUGGUCGAUCCCGCUCUAGGAGGACGAUACGACGUGGAACAGCUCCGCCGCGUCAUGCACGCAGCCCAACUCUGCAUACACACCUCGCCGGCCCAAAGGCCACGGAUGAGCCAGGUUGGAAGAAUCCUCCGAGAAGACUACGAACAACAACAAAUCAUGGGGCAUGAGAGCGCAAACACGACAGAGCUACAUGAAAUAGAUGGCUAUGAAGCACCCACGCCAAGAACAUACCUCCACGAUCUCAGUCGGCACAAGGCGCUAGCAUUUGACUUCUAGGUGGUGCAC